AUGUCUCUACAUAUUCGUUCUAAACAAUUAUUUAUACAACCAAAUUUUAUUUAUUUAAAUAAUUCUUUAUCAAAUCUUAAGUCUUUUCGUUUCAUAGAAUUUAUUAAUUUGAAACAUCCACAAAUAAGGGAAUAUGCUUCAAAAUCAAAGAGAAGAAAAAAAGAAAAAAUCAUGCCUUCAACAGCUCUUCCUUUAGUUGAUGCGCUUGAUAUACUUAAGGCAUAUGAAAUAACUUACCCGAAUAGAACUUUAGAAUUACACGUGAAAACCAGGCUAGAAAAAGGAAAUUCGCCAGUCCGUGGUUCCGUGUCUUUACCAAAACCAAUAUCUAAAAAAGUAGCAUGGCUGGUUUUUGCAAAGGGGAAGAAUGCGGAAGAGGCCAAAGCUGCUGGAGCACAUACUGUUGGUGCAGAAGAAUUAAUCGCAGAGAUAGCAGAAGGAAAUUUUAGUGUUGGAAAUUUUGAUAAAUGUUUAUCAACAACAGAAUUAUAUCCUUUAGUAACAAAAAUUGCAAGAAUUUUAGGACCAAAAAUGUUAAUGCCUAUGGUGAAAAGAGGUACUGUUACUGAUGAUAUUGUUGAAACUAUAAAGAGAAUGGAUGAUAAACUUGGUUUUAAUAGUGAUAAACUUGGUUGGAUUCAUACUGGAAUUGGGAAAAUUUCUUGGACAACUAAGGAAAUACAAGGUAAUAUUCAAGCUAUCCUGAAAGAGAUAAAUGAACUUGGCAAAGGUCAAGAUUCUAAUAAAAAAGCUGCGUUUAUUGAAAAAAUUGCAAUAAAUCCGAAUAUGGGAGAAUCAAUUCAUUUACUUGAUUUUAAAAAUCUCUUAGAUUUCCCAUCAGUUACAAUUAAGUAA